AUGGAAGAGAGAGACCCGUCCAAUGUGACGCUGGCCAACGCCAGUUCCCAGUGCCUCCUCCAAGCGGACUUCCAGUACUCCUUCUUCCCCGCCGUCUACAGCACGGUCUUUGUCUUGGGCCUGCUGGAAAACGUGGCGGCCUUCUACCUCCUGACCUGCAAGACGGCCGGUGCCCCCCGCUCCUUUGUCUACCUCGUCAACCUGGCCGUGGUGGACACCUUGUUCGUCUGCGUCUUGCCUUUCAAGAUCCACUACCACCUCGGCCGCAACGACUGGAUCUUCGGCGACGUGGCCUGCAGGGUCACCGGCAGCGUGUACUUCGUCAACAUCUACCUCAGCAUCGCCUUCUUCACCUGCAUCUGCGUCGACCGCUACGUGGCGGUCCUCCACCCCUUUGCGUACAUCCGGAUCAAGAGUGGGCAUUACGGGAUGGUCUCCGCGCUCCUCUGGGGAGUGGCGCUGGGAGUGGCGGUUCCGCUGGUCCUGGGAGGGCCCCUGACCUCCCGAAAGGGUAACCAGACGGUCUGUUUCGAAAGCUUCGGAGCGGGCAGCUGGAGGGGGCGGAUGGUGCCUUACAACGUCUGUGCCCUGGUGUUUGGCUUCGCCAUCCCCUUCGUGGUCAUCUUGAUCAGCUAUCCCCUCAUCGCCAGGCGUAUCUCCCGCAUCCCCCGCAGCGCCCGCAAGACGAAAGCCCUGGGCACCAUCUACCUGAUCCUCCUCAUCUGCACGACCUGCUUCCUUCCCUACCACCUCACCCACCUCCUCCACUUCCUGAUGCGGGCCGGCCUCAUCCGGGACUGCCGCUUUGCUGCCUUUAUUUACGGAAUGCGCCGGGUCACCUUGGCGCUGGUCAGCUUCAACUGCUGCCUGAACCCGAUUCUCUACUACUUCACUUCGGCCAGCGGGCGGUGGCGCUGCAGGCUGCGCUUCAGACCGAGGGCCGUCGCGGUCUACACCGUCAGCGGGAGGCGGAACCGCGAGGACUCCGGCGCUCGUGGAACCCGGCAGCGGGAUUACGUGGGUGGGGUGACCUGGUCGAGGGUGCCGCAGCAGAUUGGUGGACCUUAA